GGAGAGAGGGAGAGACUGAUGACUCAUCAAGUCAGGUGGUUAUGCCUCUGCUGUGUGGCAGAAAUUUCUUUCCCCUCUGCAGCAGGCUUUCUCAUCCUUCUGUGUAGGGGCACUAGAAGGACAAUUAUUUCAUAAGUGGCGAUGCUUAGCUGCUGAAUUCCUGCUUUUGAAUUGGGCCUGUGGAUUUUUGUUACUCCCUGUUUCUGCAAAAUAAGCUGAACAGGCAAAAUGGACUUCUCCAAGCUCCCCAAAAUCCGUGAUGAGGACAGAGAGGCUUUUGUUGGCUAUGUUCAUGGAGUCUCAGGACCUGUGGUCACUGCAUGUAACAUGGCAGGUGCUGCUAUGUACGAGCUGGUACGAGUAGGACACAGUGAACUAGUGGGAGAGAUUAUCCGACUGGAAGGUGAUUUGGCAACUGUCCAGGUGUAUGAAGAAACAUCUGGUGUCUCUGUAGGAGAUCCUGUACUCCGUACUGGGAAGCCCUUAUCAGUGGAACUAGGGCCUGGCAUUAUGGGAGCUAUUUUUGAUGGUAUACAGAGACCUCUCUCGGACAUCAGCACUCUGACUAAAAGUAUCUAUAUCCCUAGAGGUGUCAACGUGUCAGCUUUGAGCCGAGAUGUCAAAUGGGACUUCACACCUUCCAAAAGUCUGCGGGUUGGCAGCCACAUCACUGGUGGAGAUAUUUAUGGUGUGGUGAAUGAAAACUCCCUGAUCAAACACAAAAUCAUGCUUCCCCCACGGAACAGGGGUACAGUUACAUACAUUGCUCCUCCAGGAAACUAUGACACUUCAGAUGUUGUCUUAGAGCUGGAAUUUGAAGGUGUGAAGGAGAAGUUCACCAUGGUCCAGGUCUGGCCUGUACGUCAAGUCCGUCCUGUUACUGAGAAGUUACCAGCCAAUCACCCUUUAUUAACUGGCCAACGGGUCCUAGAUGCCCUCUUCCCGUGUGUACAAGGGGGUACAACAGCGAUUCCUGGGGCAUUUGGUUGUGGAAAGACUGUGAUUUCACAGUCUCUCUCAAAGUAUUCCAACAGUGAUGUCAUCAUUUAUGUAGGCUGUGGAGAACGAGGAAAUGAAAUGUCUGAAGUACUGAGAGAUUUCCCCGAGUUAACAAUGGAAGUUGAUGGCAAGGUAGAAAGCAUCAUGAAGAGAACAGCUCUGGUAGCAAAUACUUCCAACAUGCCUGUGGCUGCCAGAGAAGCCUCCAUCUAUACUGGAAUCACCCUGUCUGAGUAUUUCCGGGAUAUGGGCUACCAUGUCAGUAUGAUGGCAGACUCCACUUCCCGAUGGGCUGAGGCCCUCAGAGAAAUUUCAGGGCGAUUGGCGGAAAUGCCAGCUGACAGUGGUUAUCCAGCCUACCUUGGUGCCCGUCUAGCCUCUUUCUAUGAGCGAGCUGGCAGAGUGAAGUGUCUGGGAAAUCCUGAAAGGGAAGGCAGCGUCAGCAUUGUUGGAGCUGUCUCACCCCCAGGAGGUGACUUCUCUGAUCCUGUCACAUCUGCUACACUGGGUAUUGUUCAGGUUUUCUGGGGCCUGGAUAAGAAGCUGGCACAACGCAAGCACUUCCCGUCCGUCAACUGGCUGAUCAGUUACAGCAAAUACACACGUGCCCUGGACGAGUACUACGACAAGCAUUUCACAGAGUUUGUCCCUCUCAGGACAAAGGCCAAAGAGAUCCUACAGGAGGAAGAGGACCUUGCAGAGAUUGUGCAGCUUGUGGGGAAGGCUUCCUUGGCAGAAACGGAUAAAAUUACCUUGGAGGUUGCCAAGCUGAUAAAAGAUGACUUUUUGCAACAGAAUGGUUAUACGCCUUAUGACAGGUUCUGCCCCUUCUAUAAAACAGUGGGAAUGCUUUCCAAUAUGAUUGCAUUUUAUGACAUGGCACGCCGUGCCGUAGAAACCACAGCUCAGAGUGACAAUAAGAUCACGUGGUCCAUCAUCCGAGAGAACAUGAGCGAAAUCCUCUACAGACUUACCUCCAUGAAGUUCAAGGACCCUGUCAAAGACGGUGAAACAAAAAUCAAGGCGGACUAUGCUCAGCUGUUUGAGGAUAUGCAGAAUGCAUUUCGCAGUCUGGAAGACUAGACUCGACCUCUGUGAUCACUCCACUUUGUCCUCUCAGUUCCUCAUCUCAGCUCCUCUGCUUCCCUACCUUACAAAGAAUGAUGCAACAGUACUUGAGUUGAUAAAUUACCCUAUGUUUUCCCUGUUCAUACUCAGAGAGUGUCUUUACAAAACAUUCCUCUUAGUUUGUAUUUGGCAUUGCUUUGUGUGUCUGAAAUGGUGAGUGAUGUGUGAAUGAGCCUGGUUGAGUGAGGAAAUGCUGUUGUACACUUCUAGGGUGGGAAAAAUUUAACCUUUCCUCUCCCAGCUCUCUUGGUAACCAGUCUUUCAUCUUGGGAUGGAACCAGUUGAGCUGUACUGGCAGAGGAGGUGUAGGUCUUCAUGCAGCCAUGCGGUACAUUGCGAGCUGGCAGUGGUAAGGGCAUUUACACCUGGCACUUUGCUAAGUGACUAUCAGACGUAGAACUCCCUGUUUUCAAACAGAAUUUUUGACCAUGCUCUGAUGACAUGUUGAUCAACCAAAAAUUCUUCACUACUCUAACUUCUCUCAGUUGAGUCUGUUGGUAUUGAAAUGUGGUGGUAGUUGUGGUUCUCCCCAAGAAGGGACUAACUAGAAGAUGAGCACAUACAAGUGACCAGUAUAAUUUUGUGCACUGGAGAAAUACAAUUUUAUCUUCCUACUUAGUGCAGAUAGUACUGUUGGACUCAGAAUCAGCUAAAAUCAAAGCCAUAGGUGCUUAGCUUCCAGCAGGAUUUUCCCUUCUUGGCUCCCACUCACCCCAUAAAACUUCAUGACACUCAGCUGCUGUAGUUUGUGAAGCUUGUGACUGCUGCCAUGUACUGCAGGACGUAGAUGGCAAGUCACGGUGAUGCCACAUGUGUGGACCAGAACGCAGUCCUUCCUUGGUGGUGCUCUGUCUGCCAGUGCAGCUGCCCCCCAGUGCAAUGCCUGGGUCAUGCCAGGGAAAGGAAAGCGCGUGCUUAGCCUUCCUCCUCCACCUGUGCUCACAGGGCCUGAUGGGUGGUGGCACAGAAGGUCCCCAGUUCCUGUGUAAGAGGAAUGUAUGAUGCUAAACUGGGGAUGGGGGAUGAACAGGGGAAGGUUGACGAGUACAAAAUGUAUUUACUCCUGCUUUGUUGAUUACGAUGCAAGAGAAACCAGUGACUCUGGUCUUCUGCUCUGUGCUCUGGAAGCACUGUCAAGCAGCUGAAAACUGCUGUCUCUUGAGCUUGUUUAUUGGCAAAAUUAGAAUGAGGUGAGGAAUGAGCAGAGGACAGCCUUUCUGUCAAAGUCCCUGAGCCCAGCACUCAUCCCAUUGCUGCAGACCGAGAGAGAGAAAUGCUGGCAUCCUCUCCAGUCUCUCCCUCUUGCUCGCAUCAGGUGGCAUCCAGUGCUACUUGGCUGUGCAGCACCCUGUGCCCAGCUGGGUUCCAGCUGCCAUCUGCUGCUUUGUUACAGUCCCGAGACAGUACCUGUUGUUGGUGACACUGUGCCUCCGUACGCGUUCAAUUCUGCACUGAAGUAUUUCCACCGGCCGCCAGCUUUGAACAGUAGUGACGCAAAGGGAUCUUGUGCUAUGGACCAAAUGCUGCCACUUCCAUUAUGGUAUCAACCCACUGUUUGUCAGGGGAGAGCCCAGCUGAAACUUAAAGGGAUUAACUGGUUUUGGUUCUCCCAAAAGAAACUGCUCCUCCAGCUGAUGUUCUGGUAGUGAACGCUUAAGUUUACAGCUCACUAAACUUUUGAUGUAUGCUGCUUAUUUUAUCAAUGAGCAUGUGUGAAUGAGUGGUCACCAUCCAAGCCCUUGCUGGGCUCCUCAUCAUUUGUACCCUUCACCACUGUACAAUGUAGCAUUUCAUGCUAGAAACCAGAUGUUCUUAUCUCUUUAAAUAGAAGAUGUUAUAAACUUUACAGAAGAUGUCUGAGAUAAUGCAGUUCUAAUAUUUAUUGUGCUGUACCUGGCCCUGAAGUGUGACCAGUUCAAACAGUUUCAUAUAUAUUUUUGUCUCUUUUGUUUUGUGUCUGUUUUCAGUGUUGAGAUUCUGAUGUUCACUGUGUCCUGCAAGUCUUCCCUCCACAGCUGUGGGAGGAAUUACAAGAUGGGCAGAACCCCACCACCUACUUUAUCUUGUAUAUUUCAUAAUGUAUGUUGCUGGAAAUUGUGUAAAAAAAAAUAAAUUUAAAAAAAUUGUUGAAGUCAAUGAAAAUAAAAUUGAUUUAAAGUA